AUGUCGCUGCCAAAACACCGGCAAACGGUGCCGCUGCCGGAGUUGGUGCCCCCGAAUCGCGCCGCCACGAUGGCUGCCGCUGCGGCGGCGGCGGCUCCCACCCGCGCCACCCCGCAGGAGGCGGAGGCGGCUGUGGGCACCGACGCAAAGAUUGAGCGCCACCGCUACGCCAAGCUGCUCCUGCACCACGUGCAGCGCUACCACCAGUUCACCUCCGUGGAACUCUUUGUUGAGGCGGUGCUGCGGGAUGUUGCCCUGCAGGAGGGCGUCACACCGCAGGCGCGCGCCGCGGCCGCAUCCUGGGCGAUGAGGCUCCUCUGCGGCGGCGUCCCCUCUCGGCGGCGGGUGAUGGAGGCCCUCGUGGAGGCCCUCUUCCCCGCCAUCUACCGCGACUACGAUGAGAAAAGGCUCGACUACGCCCCCCCUGCGAUACAAGUCCUCGUGAAUGACCGGGCCCUGCUCCGCGACAACCCGUUCUUCUCCCACUCCAUGUACAUGCAGGACCUCGUGGUGGCCAACGCCACCACUGCGACCCUCUCAGGGCGGCUGCGGCGCACGCUGCCAACGAUACUGCGCUGGAAAAAGUUUGUGUUUGCCCUCGUGGGUUACAUUCAACACGAGAUCAAGCGAAGGUCAUUUUUGGCGUGGCGGGGGUUCGCCAAACGAAGCCGCGCAGAAAACCUGCUCCGACGCAACGUCAUCGUUCGCCACGAGCAAAAGAUACUUUCCUUGCGGCUGCAGGCGGCCUUCUUUCGCUGGAAGGCGGCGGUGGAGUCCUCCCGCACGGAGUACCUGACGGAGCGCUUGCACCAGGCGGCGUUCCAGCUAGAGAGUGCAAAGAACCAGUUUCAGCUGCAGUGCCUCCGCGCAGACAAGCUGCAGCUGAGCUACGAAGCGGGGCAGGCGGAUCUUCUGACCGUCAUGCAAGGGCGCGACGAGCUGCGGAGGGAAGUGGAGGAGCUCAACGAGACGCUGGCGCUAAGAGAAAAAGAGCACCAGGAGCGCAUACGGGCCCGCGUCAGUGAGGUGGUGGCGCUCGUGCAGCAGCAGCGCUGUGUGCUGCGAAAGGCGAUAGAUGCCCGCCUCCGCGUUGCGGAGCUCACGGCCGACUGGCUGGAUGAGGCGCUGCAGGAGGCGAAGCCAAAGACGUUGGACGCCGCGGCGGCGGCGGCGGAGGACGCGUUCCCGCCGGGCUACAAAUUUCUCCUGAAGUGGUGCAACCACGUCUACUGCGUGCAGCAGGCCAAGCGGCCACUGCGGGUGUCCAACUUCGCCGCAGACUUUUCCAACGGCGACGCGUACCUGCUGCUGCUGCUGUACGUCUUUGCGGAGGAGCGGGUCACCACCAUCGUGCCCCCGCCCCCGCCAACGCGGCUGUCCGGAAUCGCCAAAUACGAGCGGCUGGUUCGGGUGUGUGAGUACGCCGCGAGCACGCCGCUUGCCAUCGUCCUUGCGCCGGAAGACUUUGGCUACAUGCGGGAGGACAAAAUCGCCGCCGCCGUCGCGGAGAUAUUUUUGUUCCACGUCAGGGAGACGCGGGUGAUGUACACAAACGAGGCACGACGAAUUGUUGGCGGUGUGGCUGCGCGCUACGAGCCCGGCGCGAACAAUUGCACUCCCGCCACUGCCCCUGCCCCUGCUGCGGCUGCUGCUAGCGGCGGCGACGGUGCGGACGCGGACGCGGGCGUCGCGGCUGGCACGGGUGUUACGGAAGAGGAAGGCCUCCAGCUAAAAGUUCUUGGGUGGAAGAGCGAGCUGGAACGGUGGGCGGAGGAGCUGCACGCGAAUGUGCUGCAGGAGCAAAAAUUCCAGCGCUGCGACGUGGCGAUCGCUUCUGAGGCAGACCACAUUUUGCGGGAGCGGGCCCAAGGGCAGCCCGUCUACGUCGUGACCUCGAACACGGGCCUCAUGUUCACGAACGUUAGCGCAAAAAACACGGAGGACCUCCGUGCGCGGGUCAAAACGCCAACGUCGCAGGCUUGGAAGACGUUUUUGCGGACGGCGCUCCGGGGCGUGCUCUGGAGGCACAUUCGGCUCAUUGCCGCCCACUUUUACCACUUCGCCGGCGCGGAUUCGCGCAAGAUGGGCGAGGUGCAGUUUUGGCGCUUCGCCGAGGAAACCCGACUGACCGCGGAGCCCUUCUCCCCACUGCUGGUGAUGCAGAUCUUCGACAUCGUUGCCUCGCCGCAGCUCGCGGCGCUGUGGCGCUCUGGCGCGAAGGAUGAGAGGCGGGAGAAUCUGCUGGAGGCGGCGCAGGAGGAAAUUGAGAUACGCAGCGUGAAGCCCGCCCAGUUCACGGAGAUCCUUGUGCGCCUUGCGAUGACGCAGUACAAGGGUGGCAUCGUUGAGGCGACCGACCGCUUUCUCUCGGGUCUGCAGCUUCCUGUUCUGGAAAAUGUUUUGCCGGUCACGUCCAGCUUCUACGGGCUGGACCCACAGCGAGUCGUGACCUAUUUUCAGCAUGAUUUGGCUCGCGUGUUCUUCUUUUACGUGAAUCGCCAGAUGCUUGGGAGUCUGCGCAGGCGAUCUCGCAGCGUUCACGGCUGUGGACGCUUCAUGGCACGUCUCUCGCACACAAUGUAUCUAAAGAUGUUUGUGGACUGCGAUUUUAUUCUUCCAGAGCAAGAAAUCGGCUCCGGCAGUGCCGGGUACCAGCGAAAGACCCGCUUCAUGUCCGCGGAGGAAGUACUGAAGAUGCUGGAGGUGGUGCAGACGCGCAUCCCAUCUCUCCCCGCCGGAGAGCUCUGCUUCUCCCUCUUCCUCGAAACGUUUGGCGUGACCUGCGUGUACUGGUGGCCGGACCCAGUCGUGCCACUGUCGCGCAAACUCGGCGCUUUUCUUGCUGACAUGAUGGAUAAGUUGCGUGCAGUGUUUUUGCGUGACACGCUAGUUUUGGGCCCCACUCCGUUCAUUCCUCUUGAGGGCGGCGCACAUGUGGAAUUGUUUUGA